UUGGCCUCCAACUCACUACGUGCCCUAGGCUGGCCUAGAACUUACUUGAUCCUUCUGGCUGCUUCGAUAACAGAGAGGUGAGGAUGAGACAGGAGAAGAGAGCAAGAGCAAGAGUGAGAGCGAGAGAAAGCUGUCCUUAUGGCCACGGGAACAGAGGCCAUUGCGGUGGAGAGUGUCCAGGGCAAGCAUUUCCACACUGUCACGCCUCUGCUGGAGAGCUGGGCGCUGUCCCGAGUGGCAGGCCUGCGGGUCUUCCUCAAGUGUGAGAAUGUGCAGCCAGCUGGCUCCUUUAAGAUCCGGGGUAUUGGGCAUUUCUGCCAGGAGAUGGCCAAGAAGGGAUGUACACGGCUGGUGUGCUCGUCAGGGGGUAAUGCGGGCAUCGCUGCUGCCUACUCUGCCCGGAAGCUGGCCAUUCCUGCCACCAUUGUGCUCCCAGAGACCACCCCCCUGCAGGUGGUGAGGAGGCUACAGGGGGAAGGGGCUGAGGUCCAGCUGAGUGGGAAGGUUUGGGAUGAGGCCAAUGUGCGGGCACGAGAUCUGGCCACGAGGGACGGCUGGGUGUACGUUUCUCCAUUUGACCAUCCCCUGAUAUGGGAAGGCCACGCCAGCCUGGUGCGGGAGCUGAAGGCGUCGCUGCGGACUCCGCCAGGUGCUGUGGUGCUGGCAGUGGGGGGCGGAGGGCUCCUGGCUGGAGUGGCAUCUGGCCUGGUGGAAGUGGGCUGGCAGAAUGUGCCCAUCAUCGCCAUGGAAACCCGUGGGGCACACAGUUUCAAUGCAGCCAUGGAGGCCGGCGACCUGGUCACACUACCAGACAUCACCAGUGUGGCCAAAAGCCUGGGUGCCAAGACAGUGGCCGCGCGGGCCCUGGAGUGUGCACAAGAGUGCAGGAUCCUCUCCGAGGUGGUGGAGGACCAGGAGGCCGUGCGUGCAGUGCAGAGCUUUCUGGAUGAUGAGCGCAUGCUGGUAGAGCCUGCUUGUGGGGCGGCGCUGGCUGCUGUCUACUCGGGCCUACUGGGGAGGCUCCAGGCUGAGGGCCGCUUGGGCCCAGCCCUGUCUUCUGUUGUGGUCAUCGUGUGUGGAGGGAACAACAUUGAUAGCCAACAGCUUCAGGAUCUGAAAACCCAGCUGUACCAGAGCCAAGGCAGCUGAGAGACUCCCAAGAUGCUCACAGACACCUGCAUGGCCAGCCAAGAGGCCUCUGCUCCAAUUGCCCUGUAUUUCAUCAUGGGCCUCCUCCCUCAGAAAGCCCUCCUGGAUUGCUCCAGUGGGUUCCUUGCAGCCCAGCCAAUAAGCCCCUCUGAGCUGAGGUUGUGACUCCCAGGGUCCUGUCUUUCCACACCCAUGUGCACAUAGCAGGUAUACUCUGAUCUUAAAGCUGCCUCUGUGAUAAAGUGGCUGCAAGUCACA